GGUCAGUGUCUCUGUUUUUGUGGGGGUUGUCGACAGGAGUGGACCCGAAGGCAAAUACUGAACUUAAACAAUAAAAAAUACGUUUCUAAUCAGGUUACACGGAAAACAUACAUCAUGUCAGAUACGGAGACGAAACCGUCCAGCCAGGACGCAGGAGACAAGAAGGAUGGGGAGUACAUCAAACUGAAGGUGAUUGGCCAGGACAACAGCGAAAUCCACUUCAAAGUGAAGAUGACGACGCACCUGAAGAAACUGAAGGAGUCGUACAGCCAGAGACAGGGUGUUCCAAUGAAUUCUCUACGGUUUCUGUUUGAAGGACAGAGAAUCGCAGACAACCAAACUCCCAAAGAGUUGGGCAUGGAGGACGAGGAUGUGAUUGAAGUGUAUCAGGAGCAGACGGGAGGAGGACAUCGGAACAAUUAGGCUCUCUGUACAUUUCACCUCAGUUAUUUUUUUAUUUUAUUUUUUUAAAGUAAUUUUUUUUCGUUAUUUUUUUGUUAUUUUUUUGGGCUUGUUUCUUGUUCUCCUCUUUGUAGGAAGAGGCUGAAACUACCAGAGUGAAACUGCUGUUCCCCCGGGGGUCGGUGAGCCGGGCCUUCUUGCCCCGGGCUCCAGACGCCCCCCCUGCGCACUCUCCCCCCCAGAGCUGCGGCUCUCUGACGGCUUCACGCAGUGUGUGGGACACAUGAACACGCAACCUUUCAUACGCGGCAGAGAAACGGGCCUGAGUGCCAGGCGGAGUGGAGGUGUGGACGGUGUGUCCCCUCCCCUCCAGCAGAGGGCAGUGUUCUCUCCUGCUUCAGGUUUCUGUGAUGUCUGUGAUGGACGGUAAAUUCAUGGUAAAAUCAGUGCUGGACCGCCCCCCCCCCCCCCUCCCCAUGAGUGAUGUGGACUCAUCACGAGAGUUAGCCCCCCCGUGGUUGUGUGCAUCCUGUAGCGUCGUGCUUAAGGUACGUGACUGGGACGCGCAUGGUCGGUGGUUCGAUCCCCGGUGCAGCCACGAUAAGAUCCACACAGCCGUUGGGCCCUUGAGCAAGGGGAGGGGAGGAUUGUCGCCUGCUUAGUCUAAAUCAACUGCUUUGGAUAAAAGCGUCGGCCAAGUGACGUGCAAUGCGUCUCUGCACCUCAGUUACAGCCCGCUGAGGGAUCGCCAUGGCGAUCACUGCUGCCGGAGUGAUGACGUGCUGUGCUCAUCGCGCCGCGUCCACCGAUUGGUUCUCUGUAAAAGCCCCUCAGACCAAUCAGCAGUCAAGUCAGAUGUUCCCUCCUCCUCCUCCUCCUCCUCCUGUGGAGAAGGGCUUCUGUAGGCGGUGCGGUCGUGGGUUUCCCUGCUGUGUUCAUUCGGAAAUGUCGGGAGCGCUGUUCAGAAGCUGCAUCCUCUGGUGUAACUGGAGUGUAAAGUAUCAAAUAUCGGAGAAAUCCAAUGCGUACAUGUUCGGCAGCCUGUAUAUUUUGUAAACAUUUUUCGAUUUGCUGUGUAGAUUAGGCGGUGUUUAUUUAUACUGGCACACAAAAUCAAGUGCAGUUUCUGUAUGAGAGGAACGCUGCAGACACUCCGCUCCCCCUGCAGAGAGACGCCCAGGGCUGUGUGUGGAUCCCGUGCAGACGAACAGGUCCGAUUCUGAUCUGGUCUGGAUCGCUGGCUUUGUUCUCGGAGCGUAGCGAUCGUGCGAUCUAGUCACCGGUGGCUCUGUGCGGAUUAUUCCCAGCACAGUGAAGUUAAAAAUAAAAAAUGUUAAAAAUGCAAGUCCCAUCUCGCUGUGCUCCAGAAGCCCUUUGAUGUCACACGCCUCUGUUUCCAUGGUGAUGACAGAGGGCUGUGAUGAUGUCAUCACCCCAACUCUUUCUGUAGAGUAAGAGUUGCUCUGAGUGGUUUGAGAUUGUAAGAGUUUUUUUUGUUUUUGUUUUUUCUCCCUCCCUGUUUUUUAAAUAAAAUGUGUUACAAAAGAUUUAAAA